AGGGAUGACUGAGAUUUCGCAUUCUCUCAGGUAACAUAUCGAGGGAGCUGAGUGAGGGAGAGGAUGAAUAUGCAGAUUGUUAAUGAGCCCAGAGUACUAGGGUUUGGAGUGCUUUUGGUUGUUGCCAUUUCACUGUUGAGCCCAUCUUUGGUUGCUGGGCUCAAAGAUGAGCAUGACAUUUCUGGGUUAAGUGCUAAUGAUAAUGUCCACAAUCUGACUUCCUCUGAUGACCAUGCUUUAGUCAAGAGUAACUAUAAUGGAGGUGGAAGUAGUGGAGGCGGUGGUGGUGGCGGAGGUGGAAGAGGUGGUGGAAAUGGUGGGGGAGCGAGUGGAGGCGGGGGAAGUGGCCAGGGAGCAGGGGGAGGGAGUGGUGGAGCGAGUGGAGGUGGAAAAGGUAAGAGUAAAGGUAAAGGCCAUAAGAAAAAAGGAAAGGAAAAUGGCAAGGGUAAAAGAAAUGGCGGUGCAGGGGCUGGUGGAGGUGGAGGAGGAGGAGGUGGUGGUGGUGGAGGGGGUGGAGGAAAUGGCAAUGGCCACGGGAGUGGUGGAGGAAGCGGUGGCGGGGGUGGUGGGGGAGGAGGUGGUAAAGGUGGUGGCGGCGGCGGCGGAGGAGGAGGUGGUGGGGGAGGAGGAGGUGGUCAAGGUGGAGGUGGAGGUGGAGGUUGGGGUUGGGGAGGAGGAAGUGGGGGUGGUAAAGGUUGUUGGGCUUGGGGCUGUGGUGGCCAUCCGAAAUCAAUUGGAGGUCGGAAAGUUAAUCCUUGAGUCCAAGCAUAUCCAUGCAAUAAAUUGAAGACUUCAUUUGGGAUUCAUCAUAUACCGUUGAAAUAAAAAAUUGAGCGCAUUUGAAUCUUAUACAUUUUGAGUAAAUGAAUUACGUCACAAAGUAAUAUUUAUUUUUUAUAUAUCAAAAUUCCUUUUUCUAGUAAGCAGCGUGUGCUGUAUGUAUUUGAUUGUAUUGGACAAUUAUUAGUGGUUUACAAACACUAAUGUGAGAAAGUAUCAAUAAAAAUCUUAUCACUUUGAGUUUGAGUGCUCCA